UUGGUCGAUGUAUCGAGCCGAUGCCAUGAGUCAGUGACAAAUAUUUGCCCAUCGCCAUGGCCGUUAAAGAGAAGACGCAGUGCUGUGGCCGAAAAUGGUGUGUUGGCGAUCCUUGUGGCAUCGUGUGCGCGGCAAUCACUUGGUAGGGAUCUUUUUUUUUCUCCCUCAUUUUAUAAUAAAAUUAUUUUUCAACCUAACAUAGAUCAUCAAGCUGUGUUAACUGUAAUUCAAACAUUUAGGCUGUUGAUUUUAUACAGUCAGUUCGUUGUGUUUCUUGUACUCCUACACUCAUAUGAAGAGCACUGGCUACACACCGGUCUUAAUUUUUUGUUGUUUGAGAUGCUUACAGUUCUUGCGCUAUUGAGCCAUGCUAAGACAAUGCUUACUGAUCCUGGUUCUGUGCCAAAAGGCAACGCUACUGAGGAGAAUAUAGAGCGAUUACAAGCGGCAGAGGAGUUUAAGGUGAUCUACAAAUGCCAAAAAUGCUGCAGUAUCAAACCUGAUCGAGCCCAUCAUUGCUCAGUUUGCGACCGAUGUAUUCGUCGCAUGGACCAUCAUUGCCCCUGGGUAAAUAAUUGCGUGGGCGAGGCAAAUCAGAAGUAUUUCGUGCUUUUCACAAUGUAUAUUGCACUACUGUCAUUUCAUGCUCUUUAUUGGGGAAUUUGGCAGUUUGUGCUAUGUGUUGGAAAAGAAUGGCACAGCUGUAGCAAUCUGGGUCCACCUGGCACAACGCUUAUGUUGAUCUUUCUUAUGUUUGAGGCAAUUUUAUUUGCCAUAUUCACGUCGGUGAUGUUUGGUACACAACUUUCGGCAAUUUGCAGCGAUGAAACUGCGAUUGAAUCGUUGAAGCGGUAAGU